CUGCUGCUGCUCUGGUAACCCCUCACCUACAUCAUCCUCUUGUGCACAGCGCGCCGUGCUGCGGGCUGAUAUCUCUGCGCUCUGCCCAGCUGUCACCUCCGGCAUUGGUCCACCGAGCAGACACACGUAGGCACGUAUCCGACCAACCCCCUUUUUCCUCCGGCAGACUGUAGAGCCGGCAAGCGGGCGGCGGGACAAGCCGAGGCAGUGCGAGGCAAGGCAGGCAGCGACGAUCCGCUGCUGCAGCAGCUCGGACCGGGACGGUCAGGACCGAGGUCGGAAAAUACGCGGCCGUCCACCUAAACAGUCAUGCUGGGGAAGCAGAGCGUUAAUCAGAGAAGCAGCCAGAAGGCCCCCGUCGCCGCAAAUCAGACCUUUAUGGACAAGCAGCAAGAAGGAGGAGAGAAGGCUGUGGGUGAAAAGAAGGUGUCUUGUCUGAAGCCAAUUGUGACGUUGUGCUGAGUCCCCCCGUCACCGUGUGCAGCAGCACCAUGGCAGCUAUGGGACCAGAGAGCGGUGGUGGGACGGGGCCAGGCGGGACGGCGGCCUGCCGGGUGGGACAGCAGGACGGUGCGUCGGCGGAGCUCAACCAGCUGACUCCGCUGCACACCCCGGGCGGCGUCAAGGCUGAGAAGGCGUUCGGCCAUCAUCACAGGCCCAAGACGUCAGGCUGGGGUAACUUCGCCGCUCCGCUGCAGAACGUGGGCGCCGCCACGCACCUCAGCAGCAGCGUGCCGCCCAGAGGCGACACUCCGUACAGCUUCCGGAGCCCGGAGUCGGUGGAGAUGGACGAGAUAAUGGCCGCCAUGGUUCUGACCAGCUUGUCCUGCAGCCCGGUGGUGCAGAGCCCUCCGCAGACGGAUCCAGGUCCAGCUGGCUCGUCCUCGUCCGUCGACAUGGAGAGCGGCGGUGGCGAGCUCUCCGACAGCGGCAGCAGCGGCUACUGGAGCUGGGACCACGGCAACGGGAGCCCUGCCCCGUCGCCGUCCGUCACCGAGGUGGACAGCAGCCCCGACGAAGGCCUGCACAUGGAGCUGGAGCAGGGCGAGGAGCUCACCGCCAAAAAGCCAAAGAGCUCCCUGCGAAGUGUGUAUAAGUGUCUGUGGCCCAGUUGUGGCAAAGUGCUGACGUCUUCUGUUGGAAUAAAGAGACACAUUCGUGUGAUGCACCUGGGCAGUGGAUCCGAUCAGACCCAGAGAGAGGAGGACUUCUACUACACCAAGAUCUGCUGUGAGACCGUCGAGGCCGGUUCCGGUUCCGCCGCCGGUCUGGCCCAGCAGACUACCGGCCAGGCCUCCGCUGCUCUCCUCAGCUGGGCUUCAUGCGGGUCUCCGCCGGGAUCCGAGCUCCAGAUCCCCACGGCUCACAGGCCCAGGUCCAACUCCAGCUCGUUGCCAGGGACGACCAGGCCCAGUCCACUCAGCCAGUCGGCCCCCAGCAGCUUCUGGCAGAUCCACACAGAGCAUCUGUAUCAGGCCUGCAGCCCUGUUCAGGUAUCUAUGGCCCCCAGAAGCCAGUGCAGUCAGGGCUGGGCCCCCUCUGGCUCGGUACCCGGCCACAGCAACGCUCCGAUGGUGAAACCUCGCUGCCGCUCAGUCAGCGUCGGGGAACAGUGGCUGCAGCAGAACAGGCUGCAGCCAAUGAGCGCGUCUCCCUCCCGCAACCACUGCUCCUUCAGGAAGGGCCGUGGGGAGGCCAAGAAGUGCCGCAAGGUGUACGGCGUGGAGCGCAAGGACCAGUGGUGCACCGCCUGCCGCUGGAAAAAGGCCUGCCAGCGCUUCCCCGACUAGAGAACGGGCCGAGCGGACGGACGUGUGCGAACAGAGACACAUUUAUCGAAAAGAGAAUGCAAGAAUAUAAAUCAAGAAAAACAAAAUUCUUUGUGUUUUCUUCUUCUUCUUCUUUUUGUUUUGUUUAGUUUUAUUUCUUUCCUAAAAGGAAUGAAGAUGGACUCUUUGUGUAUCUUUGUAUCUCGAUCCUGAAAACUGAAGUUUGCGAUGGUGCUGUUGACUGACUUUGACCAUGUGAUGUGCUAAGCCCUCUCUCUCUUUUUUUUUUUUUUAAAUCCAAAGCUCAUAUUGCCGCCCUCCGUAGCUCCACUGUAUCCCCAAACUGCUACCUGGCUGUCUCCUUUCUUCCAGUCUUUCUCUUCCAGUUGUUACACAGUGGUUAAUGAUGUACAUUAUAUUGUGUGCUCUGAUGUUCCGUACGAACAUUUUAUACCUUUUUUUUUUCUCUUGUUUUUAUAUAUUAUUGUCUCGUCUAGCCUGUGUAAUGGGCUGACUGAUUUUUUUUUUUUAUGUUUUUUGGCACUUUGUUGGAAUAUUAACUCACAAGAAUAAGCUACAUUUGGUUCGA